AUGUGGUCGCUGCUGGCGCUGAAGCUGGGCGCCCUCGUGGCGCUGGGGCUGCUGCCUCUGCUCUGCGCGCUCCUCCCGGCGGUGCUGCGGCGAGUCGGCGGGCCGGGGUGUGGCCCCCGCUGGCGGAGCCUCCUGAGCGGCGCGGCUGGCGGCGUCUUCCUGGCCACCUGCUUGCUGGACGUCGUGCCCGACUCGCUGGAGCACCUGCGAGAGGAGCUGAGCCGGCAGAGCUUUUCGCUGGACUUCCCCAUGCCAGAGCUGAUCCUGGCUCUGGGCUUCUUGCUGGUGCUGGUGAUAGAGCAUGUGGCCUUGGACUGCAGCGAGCCACAGGGGGAUGAAGCGACGCCCCUGCUCUCGGCCUGCCCUGCUCAGCACCACAGCGAAGAGGCUGGCCUUGAGCAGCAGGCAUCCCAGCGCCCUUCUCGGUCAUCCUUCCGGUACCUGGUGCUGAUGCUGGCCCUCUCGUUGCACUCUGUGUUUGAAGGCCUGGCGGUGGGCCUGCAAGAUUCGGAGAGCAAAGUGCUGCAGCUUGCCGGGGCCAUCCUACUGCACAAGAGCAUCGUUGCGGCCAGCUUGGGUCUCCUGUUGCUGCAGAGCCGUCUCCCCUUGCUGUGGCUGGCUGCCGCUCUGGGCACCUUCGUGCUCAUGUCUCCACUGGGGGUUGGUCUGGGCAUGGCCGUGACACACAGCUCUGGCAUGGGCAGUACCACCACUCGGAGUAUACUGGAAGGUGUGGCAGCGGGCACUUUCAUGUACAUCACCUUCCUGGAGAUCUUGCCCCAGGAACUGAGUUCUUCAGACAGCCGCCUGCCCAAAGUCCUCACGGUGCUCUUGGGCUUCUCUGGCAUGGCUGGUCUCCGCCUCCUGGGCUGAGGUGGCCUAGAACCUCUGGGCUGGUUGGGUUUUUUUUAAAAUGGACUUCCUGUAUUUUAUUUGCCCAUAGGUGUUUAAUCUAACAGCCUUGAUCCAAAGACAUCUUUUUAAAAUUACUGUAUUUAUGCCCACAGCUUCCUUCAUUUGUGAAACUUCAGCCUGGCUCCAGACUCACCUAGCAGUUUGGAACCUUGGGUGGGACAGCCACUCGCCCCACUACAGCCUUUAGAGGUGGGCUAAGUUAAAUUCAGGACAGGUAGUAACUUAUUAGUGACGGUGAGGAACUGUAACU